AUGGAUUCUACAAACAAGACUGGAAAAAAAGCCGGGGGUGAAGGUUUGGCGAAGAGUAAGUCACUAACUGCUUUCACCCUAAUAAUCAACGCCUAUUUCAGAGUCCUGCAUGACGACGGGGGAGAAGACCUUGGUGAAGGUUUUGCGAAAAGUGCCUCAUUAACUGAUUUUACCCUAACAAUAGGCAGCAAAUACGGAUACAUCAGUAAUGCCUUGAGAAACGUCCUGGGUGAAGGUUUGGCGAAGAGUAAGUCACUAACUGCUUUCACUCUAACAAUCAACAACAAACGCGGAGACCUGUAUGAAGAAUGGGGAAAAGGCUUAAGUGAAGGUUUGACGAAAAACUGGGCAAAAGCCGUGGGUGAAGGUUUGGCGGAAAGUAAGUUACUAACUGCUUUCACCCUAACAAUCAACAACAAACGCGGAUCCUACAAUGGAGACUGGUCAAAGGCUGUGGGUGAAGGUUUGGCUAAGAGUAAGUCACUAACUGCUUUCACCCUAACAAUCAACGACGAACACGGAUGCUACCAUCGAGACUGGGCAAAAGCCUUGGGUGAAGGUUUGGCAGAGAGUCCGUCACUAAUUGCUUUCACCGUAACAAUCGACAACGAACAUGAUGGAUUCUACAAACAAGACUGGGUAAAAGCUGUGGGUGAAGGCUUGGCGAAGAGUAAGUCACUAACUGCUUUCACCCUAACAAUCAACAACGAACACGGAGUCUACGAUCAAGACUGGGCAAAAGCCUUGGGUGAAGGUUUGGCAGAGAGUCCGUCACUAAUUGCUUUCACCCUAACAAUCAGCAACGAACAUGGAUUCCACAAACAAGACUGGGCAAAAGCCGUGGGUGAAGGUUUGGCGAAGAGUAAGUCACUAACUGCUUUCACCUUAACAAUCAACAACGAACACGGAUUCUACGAUCAAGACUAG